ACUAACCCCCCCCCCCCCCCCUCGCUGUCUAGAAUCUUCUUCGAUCGUUACAAAGCAGACUCCACGCAUUCAUCUCUCUCUCCCACACAAGCACAAGAGCAGCUACAGAUCUCAUCAAAGUAAAGUAAAAGGAAAGACAAUAUCUUCACUAUCUGUUUUUUCAACUUCCAUGUCAGUGAAGUCAACUCACCUCACUGAUUUGCUUGUGUGAUUAAUGGAGGAGAUUCAAGAGCACGAAAGCCAAACGAUUGGCAAAGAUGAUGAGGAUGAAAUAGUUGUGGAACAAGCUGCGGGUGUGCAUGGUGACCCUGUGCAACAUGGGGAUUUUCCUCCGAAAGUCGACUCCGCAGUCGAAAUCCUUCAAGAGAAAGUCACUAAGCAAGUCGUUAAGGAAGGUCAUGGUCAGAAGCCAUGCAAAUAUGCAACAUGCUUUUUGCACUACAGGGCAUGGACUGAAAGCACCCAGCACAAGUUUGAAGAUACAUGGCAUGAACAACGACCAUUUGAAAUGGUUUUAGGAAAAGAGAAGAAAGAAAUGGCUGGUUUAGCUGUUGGUGUGUCCAGUAUGAAGGCUGGUGAACGUGCCCUAUUACAUGUGGGCUGGGAACUGGGGUAUGGGAAAGAAGGAAGCUUUUCUUUCCCAAAUGUUCCUCCCAUGGCAGAUAUAAUAUAUGAAGUUGAGCUUAUUGGAUUUGAUGAAGUCAGAGAAGGGAAAGCACGUGGUGACAUGACUGCAGAAGAGAGGAUUGGUGCAGCGGAUCGAAGAAAAAUGGAUGGAAAUUCUUUAUUUAAGGACGAGAAACUUGAGGAGGCCAUGCAGCAGUAUGAAAUGGCCAUUGCAUAUUUGGGCGAUGACUUCAUGUUUCAACUGUUUGGCAAGUAUCGAGACAUGGCAUUGGCAGUUAAGAAUCCAUGUCAUCUUAACAUGGCGGCUUGCCUGAUAAAGCUUAAGCGGCAUGAAGAAGCCAUUGCACAAUGCACAAUUGUACUGGCAGAGGAUGAAAACAAUGCUAAGGCUCUGUUCAGGAGAGGAAAAGCCAGGGCAGAGCUUGGGCAGACAGAUGCUGCCCGGGAAGACUUUCUCAAGGCACGGAAACAUGCACCUGAAGACAAGGCAAUUACGAGGGAGCUGCGCUUGCUGGAUGAGCAUGAUAAAGCUAUAUAUAAGAAGCAAAAGGAGAUAUAUAAAGGAAUUUUUGGACCACCACCACGGCCAAAGCCCAAGCCAGCUAAUUUGCUGACCCGCAUGUGGCAAUGGCUAACCCUCAUCUGCCAAUGGCUGCUUUCACUAAUUUAUCGCCUCUUCAAGCGUGAAAGGCGCAAAGCCGAUUAGUUAUAGGUGGUCACCAUGUUUCCUGAAUCCAAAGUAAUGAAGUAGGAGUUUCUCUCGCAACAAUUUCAAAGCCAAUGUGGGAGAGAUCGUUCUUUGAGCAAACUGGGACGUGUACUGUACAUUUCGUGGACAACUCAGAUAGAUUCUGGAGAUCAGUGUAGCAACUGCUGGAAACUCUAGAGUGGAGUUUAAAGUUGCUGCGGAAACCAGUAAGAUGGGCAUUGAUCUGUGAAGCUAGGACAAGCUUUUGGUGAUCGACAUUCAAUUUGAUCGAAUUAACGUGGGCAAUGUUAACAGAUACAGUUCUAUACUUCUUUAUCUUAUUUCUAUUUGUUGAGGAA